AUGGGACAAGUCACAUAUUUUCCGAAGGCAGCUCAAGAAGUUAGCACAUUAAUCACAUUCUACUCGAUAAUUUUGAUGUUGGGCAAUGGAAUUUUCGAUUCAUCUGAUCCAUUCUAUGUUCCACGUUUGUUCCUUCAAUUUGCGUUCGCAAGCAGUUGCGUGUUCACAUUUUUCAAAUCAUUGAUGGUGUGUCAUGACAAGAUUCGAAAAACUGGAAACCGGGAGAAAUACAGAAGAGAUUAUCUGACUGGAUGUUUCGGAAUGAUUCUUGCCAUCUACACCGCAUUCAUUUACAUGUGUUACAAUCAAUUUCAGCUUCUGACGUCAUCAUUCCUCUUCUUUGCAUGCAACUACAUUUCCAUCUUGUUUUACUUAACGUUCAUUCGAGAUUGCGAAUCGAAAUGUAGAGUGAGACCAGUGAAAGGACAUCUCAUUGCGAUGAUCGCUUUAUUCCAUGUUAUUGGACUGAUUACGACUUACAACUUGCUCAUUUUACGUGGUUUCCCACACUAUGGAGGAGUUCUUCUCGCAAUCCAAGUGAUGUAUUCAUUCGAGCUGACUCUCCUUAUUCCAACUUUUUUUGCUGUUUUGAUGAAUCGCAUUGAAAUUCCUAUCAAAAGCACAGUUAUCAAAACAGGAGAAGUGGGAACAAUGCGUGAAUUGAGGUCAUUCGACGGAGAUGGAGUCAGCUAUACAUCAGUCGAUGAGACCGGAGAAUCCGCGUUGAUGUCGGAAACAGGUGCAGAGUGUGAAAUCUGUAUGGUGAAAUACGAUAGAGCAGUCGAGAAGCACACUCCUCGAAUUCUGAUCAAAUGCGGACACACAAUGUGCCAAGGUUGCAUCGGAAAUUUAUUAGAAUACAACAGUCAUCAAGACGUUUGCUGUCCAUUCUGCCAACAAGUCACUGUUGUGAACGGAGGUUCCGCCAGCUAUCUUCCGAAAAAUUACGGAAUGCUGAAGUUAAUUCGUUAA